AUGGCUUACCACCAUGAAAAACACAGCAAUGCUACUCAGAUUCACACAUCUGAUCAGUAUGACGAGUUUAUCUCAGACGAAGCCAUUAACGUCCCAGGCUAUGACCCAACUAUCAAUGCCCAAUCCGGCGAAACAAGGAAAGCCUUGCUGAAGGUGGACUUUCUUAUCCUGCCAUUCAUCGUCCUCUGUUUUUGUCUUCUCCAGUUCGACCGUGCCAAUAUCGGCAAUGCCUUAACCGACACUCUUCGAGAGGAUAUUAGGAUCGGGAACUCGGAUAUCAACUUGGCCCAGACCCUCUUCACAGUGGGCUUCAUCAUAACCGAGUUGCCCUUUAACAUGAUCAGUAGAUACAUGGGCCCCGAGAGAUUUCUCCCAAUUACAAUGUUCCUCUGGGGCGUUGCAACGUGGGCUCAGAUUUUCCUAAAGAAUGCAACUGGUCUCUGCGUGGCUCGCUUCUUUAUCGGAACUCUCGAGGGCGGAUACAUCCCGGGGUUUGCUCUGUAUAUUUCGAAGUACUAUACCAACGACGAGCUUGCACUCCGAUACGCCAUCUUCUGGGCCUCGAAUAGUGUUGCGGGUGCCCUAGGCGGACCUUUGUCUAUUGGCUUGCUGUCUCUUCGAGGGAAAGGAGGGCUCCAUGGUUGGCAAUGGCUGUUCCUAAUUGAGGGCAUCAUGACCUGCUUUCUCGGCAUCGUCGCUUACCUGUACCUCCCUCACGGUGCCGCAAAAGCAAAGUCCUUCUUCGGCAAAACAAUCUUCAACAUCUUUACCGAGCGUGAAGCUUCCAUUCUGGUCACUCGCGUCAUCCGCAACGAUCCCACGAAAGCCCUCCGAUACGGAAAGCCCGUCCUGCUUUCCCACAUACUAGAAACGUUUACAGAUUGGAGACUAUACGGAUAUCUUGCGGCGGCUUUACUGUCAAUGGUCAUGAUUGCACCGAUGAAUACCUACGCGCCCUCCAUAAUAAAGUCCUUGGGGUUCACGGCCCUUCAAGCGAAUGGGCUCAACUCUGUCGGUAGCGUUUGUGCGUUGGUGUGGUCCGUGUCUCUUGCAUUUAGUAGUGAUAAGUUUCGCGAGCGUGGGUUCCACAUCGCCGUUGGGUAUUUGUGGGGAGCUGCCGGGCUGCUCUGGCUGGCAUUGGCACCUGAGGGUGUUGGUAAAUGGACCCUUUACGGAGGAGUUGUCUGGACUCAAAUGGGCAUGGGGAGCGCCCAGGCAAUCAGCGCCGCGUGGCUGACGGCGAAGAUGCAGGAUUAUAAGCGCCCCGUAGCUCUGGCAGCAUAUGUGAUGAGCAUCCAGCUAGCCAACUUUCCUGGAAAUCAGCUAUUCCGCUCCCAAGAUGCGCCCCGAUAUACCCGUGGAUUGAUAAUUGCAGCCUCCUGUGCUAUUGCCGCGACAGCCAUCAUCCUGAUCUGGAAGCUUUUGUACCGGCUGUUCGAUCAUGGUGACGCUGGUGUCGAAUCCAAGUUCCGGAUUGCGCUGGCGGAGGAGAGGAGCCUGAAAUAG